GCUAUGUCGAAACUCCAACGUGUUCGGAAACUAGGCGUGCUGGAACAAUUUCACAUGAUGAGACAUACGCUGGGCCUCGAUUCUUGUGUGGUUGGCGUAGCACGGUACACAACGGCAGAGAGAACAAAACUCACGAAAGAAAUACUGUACCCCGCCCUCCGCGCAGUCAUCGAGUCUCACCUCGCGCUGGGUGUCCGUCUGGAGAAGAAAGAUAACAACCCCGACAACUAUUUCGCGCGACUGCCCAACAUAGAUUUGUCGCGCAUCGUCCAGUUCUCAGAAAGCGAUGACCUCCAGGCAGCCUUGGAGAGCCAGCUACUACAUGGCUUCGACACUUCAUCCGACAUUCCACUUUGGCGUUUGCAGGUCCUCACGGACAACACCGUUUUAUUCACGUUCCAUCAUGUCAUCGCCGAUGGGAUGAGCAGCAUAGCGUUCCACGUCCAACUUUUGCGAGCUCUGCAAAAGGCUGCUAUCGACUUUUCUUCAGACCCCGUUGUUCACGUUCCGCCAACAACAACAAUGAUUCCGGCUGUGGACCAAGCCACACGUGUUCGACCAUCGCUUUCACUCGUCGUCCAUGAGCUCUCCAAGCUCAUUCUACCCCAGUCACUAACCGCGGCCAGCAAGGAAUGGACCGCGAAACCAACUCCCCGAAUUCCUGAUCUCAGCAACACUCAUGUCCGAAUCCAGUCAAUACCUCCCCAGACAAUCCGAAACUUGCUCGUCGUAUGUCGUGCAAAUCAGGCGACCCUGACCGGCGCGAUCUACGUCUUAUUAGGAUGCGUAGUGUCGAGCCUUCUAGACGAAAAGUCGAAGAGGAAGUACAACAGAGUCGGAGGGCUCGUUGCGCUGUCGAUGCGGGGAAUGACUGGCAUUGACGACUACGAAAUCUGCGACCACCCGUCGGCCGUCAAUACGAGCGUCCCACUCGCCAAUGACUUUUCUUGGAACGAAGCCGCUCGGUUGGCUCAGCUAUUGAAAGGGCAGAAGAGCAAGGGCCGAGAAAAGAUCGGGCUGCUGAAUUUGCUUCUCGGCCGCUUCGACGUUUACUUCCACGGCCUUCUAGGCAGAAAACGCGAAGUAGGGUUCACGCUUUCGAAUAUAGGGCGGUGGACAGCUCCAGCGGUGGAAGGGAAAUGGACCAUUGGGAGGACUAUGUUUGCGCAAAGCGAUGUUGUGGUUGGCGGGGCGUUCAAUUGCAGCGUUGCUGGCGACCCAACAGGGGCAGUAAAUUUGACAUUCACUUGGAGUGAUGUCGGCGUGGAGACGGUAUGGAUGGACAACCUGGUGCCUUUAUUCAAGGAGAAGUUGUCCGAGUUGGCGGAGGGUCGUAGUUGA